ACAAAAAGAAAAUUACAAACUGCCUUUUUUGCCAUAUUUUGUUUGUGCCCAUAUGUCCGUAAUAAGCAUGUAUAAAUGGAGCCCUAAGCAGCUCUGUUUGCAGCAAAACCUAGGAAUUAUUAGAACUGUGGAACAUAUAUAGUAAGAUUAAUAAGAUUAUAAGUUCUUGUAGCCAUGGCUGGCCCUUUCUUUCGUUUAUUUUUGGCUUUUCUUUGCUUUUCUCAUGCCAUCCCAAUCACAAGGAGUAGAAGUCUGCUAGUGGACAUAUCUCAAGAACAUAAUGUGUUGGAGAAUACCCAUAUGGCAAAUAUGGAGAAGAGAUUGGAAGUAGAAGAAAGAAUAAGAAGAGUACUAGAGGCAGAGGCAGAGAUCAAUGAUUAUCCAGGUUCUGGGGCGAAUAAUCGCCACACACCAAGACCACAACUUGGGAGAGGCUGUGUCGAAUGCUAAGUUUAUUAUACAUAGAUAUAUGCAUGUUUCAGAUAUUUACUGCAUAGGAUCGGAGUACUGUGUUAAUAAAAGAUGUAACUAAUUAGCGAGACCAUUUUGGCUCAUAUUUUGAAUAGCUAAAGGAGUUCAUAUAAGAAAAGUUGUUAUGGAGUACAUCUUCUUAGAGAGGAGUAGCUGAACUAUAUAUAUUGUGUGGACUUCUACUACUACUAUAUAUGUUCGUUGGUGAGUUAUGGCAAUUCAAGUCUGUUCUCUA